CUCCUGGGGCCCGCGAUGGGCGAGGGGCAGCAGCAGGGCGGCUGCAGCCCGAAACCCGGAGGCAUCCAGCCUGCGAACAAAGAUGGUUCAUCUUAUCAAGAUAAGGAGAAAAUGAGCAUUUUUGAGGAAGAGAGUCAUGGACAGAGGGCUUCUGAAUGGAGAUCUUCACAUCAGGUAGACCUGUGUGCAGAUGGCGGGGCCGGCAUGGCCCACGCACACAUCUGUGAUUUGAUUGGUACACCGUGCAAGACACACUCGGAGGGAGCGUGCCAAAGAAAGGGCGCCCCGGAACUCAGAAGCUCACAGGAGGUGCUCCCGGAUGACAAGACUCUUGAUGGCUCCCAGUGUCCUAAGAGUAACUUCAUCUCCUCUGCAUUUGCUUUCACCUUCGCUGAAGAAGAAAGUGAAACUAGCCUGAGUUUUAACCCAGAAGAUGGAAUGUCUGUGAAGAGUAUAGAGAGUGACCGGCGAAGCUUAGAAAGUGCUGGAAAAGAGUCACUGAAAGGCAGUCCCAGAGAGACCAAGAAGAAGGACGGAGGAAGCGUGAAGUCAGACUCUGAAACCCCCGUCAAGCGGGAAACCAAUACGGCACCAUGUGGGGCAGUGCCCAGUCUGGCUGUACGGAUGCGCAGGAGGCCCGAGAGGGCAGAGCAGCCCGGCUGCAGAAGCCGUCCCACGGAGGAGAACCAUGAGCCCCGCGCAGUGAAGGAUGAUGGACAUGAGGAUGUGGAUCUUGCCCCACCUCCAAACCAGAGUUCAGGUUCAGGUGAGUGGAGGUCACAGGUACAAGAGAAGGACUCUCUUAACAGCGAUGAAAAUGCAGGGCUGGGGCCGCUUUCCUCAGGGUCAGCUGAGCAAAGUUCUGAUGCCUUAGACGGUGGCACGUCGGGGGCGAGCCAGCCAGCACCAGCAGGUAAGGGAGGGGACAGAGACAACAUCGAUGUGUGUGGGAUGAGCACACACGCACACCGUGUCAGCCAGAGACGUGCCGUGCCCGUGCUUAAUGGACCUGCGGUACAUGGUGCUGUGGUUUCCAUGGAAAGUCCACGGGUGACUCUCAGGGAAUUGGAAUUAGGUGAGACUCUUGAGGGCUGUUCGUGUGUGGCCAGUGUUGAGGCUGCCCCAGCGGACAGAUAUACAGCCCCUUGUCACGAGGGCCUGCAGGUCAUUCCUGUCAUCCCAGGUGAGGCUGCAGAGAUCGCGGUACCACCCUGCGGGGACCACGUCUUACCACUCACAGAAGAUGCUGUAAAUAUUCCUGAAAGCCCUGCAAGAGGGGAUUGGCAGAGCUUCCCAGAGGAAUUGUACUCCCAGUUUGUGAAUGAACUUGCCUGUUACCCACUGGGAGGGUUUGUGAGUCAGCCGUUUUCUGAAGGACUGGCCGAGGGCUGCAGUGGGUACCAGGAGGUCUGUCCUUGGGCACAGACGGGUGGCAGAGAAGCCCUCGAAGAGGAACAGGUACCUAAUGAGUGUCUGCACAGGAGGCCACCAGACCUAGAAGUCGCCUUGUACUGGAUGGAGACGCCCCCGUAUCAGUUCCUGGUGGCUGAGGAUGCUGUUAUUUGGGGAUGGCAAAAUAGAGGUGGACAGUUAGUACCGACUGCCAAGGUUUCAGAGUUAAACCCUAAUGCUAAAGUGUGGGGGACCCCUGUGCUGCAUCUGGAUGCGGGUAGUGCAGCAGACGGCGGUGUGAGUGCGGACUGGGAGGAGUCUUCAGGCCCUUGCACAGACUGCGGCCAGGAGGGAUUGGAUGCCAAUGGCGAUGGUGACAAAAGUCAUGACAAUGUGGCACUAUCGGAUUUGCAGGAGUCAGACCAAACCGCUGUGAGCACUUUGGCUCUGGAUCACUCAGAACAUGAAUCUCCGCCUGAAAAUAGUGAAACUGGAGGAAAUGAAUCUCAACCAGAAAGCCAGGAGGACCCCCGAGAAGUACUUAAAAAGACAUUGGAAUUCUGCUUAUCUAGGGAGAACCUUGCUAGUGACAUGUACCUCAUAUCGCAGAUGGACAGCGAUCAGUAUGUGCCAAUCACCACGGUAGCUAACCUGGACCACGUCAAGAAGCUCAGUACGGACAUGAACUUGAUUGUGGAAGUGCUGCGGUCUUUACCAUUAGUCCAAGUGGAUGAGAAGGGAGAAAAAGUAAGGCCAAAUCAGAGUCGUUGCAUCGUGAUCCUGCGUGAAAUACCCGAGUCCACUCCUGUAGAAGAAGUAGAAGCACUAUUUAAAGGAGACAAUUUACCGAAAUUUAUAAACUGUGAAUUUGCCUAUAAUGAUAAUUGGUUUAUUACAUUUGAAACAGAAGCUGACGCACAGCAGGCUUACAAAUAUCUGCGAGAAGAAGUCAAGACUUUUCAAGGAAAACCAAUUAAGGCACGGAUAAAAGCAAAGGCAAUAGCUAUAAACACAUUUUUGCCAAAGAAUGGAUUUAGACCUCUGGACAUGAGCCUUUAUGCGCAGCAGCGCUACACAGCCUCCUUUUACUUACCUCCGGUCUACAGCCCCCAGCAGCAGUUCCCCCUGUACAGCCUGAUUGCCCCCCAGACGUGGUCGGCAACGCACAGCUAUCUUGACCCACCCCUGGUAACUCCGUUUCCAAGUACUGGAUUUAUAAAUGGGUUUACGUCUCCAACCUUCAAACCUGCAGCAUCUCCUCUGACUUCGCUCAGACAGUACCCUCCAAGAAGCAGGAAUCCUAGUAAAUCUCAUCUACGCCAUGCCAUUCCCAGUGCAGAGAGAGGAGCUGGGCUGUUAGAAAGCCCUUCGAUAUUUAACUUCACCGCAGACCGGCUAAUUAAUGGUGUUCGGAGCCCGCAAACCCGGCAGACAGGUCAGCCUAGAACACGGAUACAGAACCCUCCAACCUACACCAAGAGGGAGCUUGGGUCUGGUCGAGUGGAGCAGAGCAGCGCGGAGUCGCCUCCUGGCUUGGGGAGAGGGAGGAAGAAUUCCUUUGGUUACCGGAAGAAACGGGAGGAAAAGCUGACAAGGAGUCAAACUCAGUCUCCAACGCCACCAAAGCCCCCGUCCCCCAGCUUCGAAUUAGGACUGUCCAACUUCCCUCCAUUGCCUGGGGCAGCAGGCCACCUGAAGACAGAGGAUCUGUUUGAAAACAGGCUAUCUAGCUUGUUAAUAGGGUCCUCAAAAGAAAGGAGUCUGAACGCGGACGCAGGCACGAACACACUCCCCGCAGUGACCCCCAGAGAGCCUUUGGUGCCGGCCCCCUGUGCUGUGUCUGCAGCCUACGGGCGCUCCCCUUCCCCCGCCUGUCUGCCUGAGGAUCCCAAGGUGGUGGAGAAGCAGAGAGAAGCUUCGAGUGUGGACAGACUUCCUUCUGCCCUAACUACAACAGCGAGUAAAUCGGUGCAGGUGAACGGCGCUGCCACGGAAUUGCGAAAACCCAGCUACGCGGAGAUUUGUCAGAGGACGAGUAGAGAGCCUCCGUCUUCCCCAUUGCAGCUCCCAAAAGAACAAAAGCCAAAUGCUGUCGGUUGUGGGAAAGAAGAAAAGAAGCUCGCCGAGAGAGAGCCCCCUGCCCCCAAGUCCAACCCGGGACCACCCAAAGACCAGAGGAGGCCGCCAGGCCGCCGGCCCUCGCCUCCGGCCACCGGAAAGCGUCCGCACAGAGAACAGAGCACCCCUCCCAAGUCCCCUCAGUGAGCGCCGAGGGCUGGGAGGGCUGUGAGGAGCCGGGGUCGCCACAUCUAAGCACUGUCCCACUCGGGGCCGAGAGUGAGCCGCUGGUUAGGGGCUUGCAGCGUAGACGAGGCCGGUGAGGUGCCUGCAAGUGGUUUUUCUUCCAUGAGUCGGAUUUUCCCCCCUCUUGAAAAAAAGUCUAUUUUUCAGGAUUUAAUUAAUAUAAACCUUAUUUUAGGUUGGUGCUUAACUGGAGGUGAUGCAUAAGUCUGAUUUUUUUCAGGAUAGAAAAUGCAUUUAUCCUAACAAAUUGAUAUUUUUAUUAAGCCUCCACGUGGCUAUGAAUGCAAGCUAUAUAUAGUGAGUUUUUCUAAAUUAAGCGGAACUAUGCUACUUCAUUUUUAAAAAUAACUGGUUAGCAAGUGCAUUUCUCUGAGAUGUCCAGACCGAUGGGUGGGCUGAGGACACCUGGGAUCGAGGCUGGAGGCGACACGGUCAGUGUGGCCUGGAGAAGGGGUGGGGUCAGGUCAUGCCCUCGCUGGCAUGGGAGUUGUGCUUCAUGCAGAAUCUUAUUAGCAAGUGACGCUAGUGUUUUUGUUUUUGUUUUUGUUUUUGUUUUAAAAAAAGUAUAGCCCAUUUUUGAUCUACUGGGCAAGAUGCACCCAAGAGAGCCCUGAAACCUUGAGUUUUGAUGUGCUGCAAGCAAGUAACCAGCCUCUCACUCCUGUCUCAAGUGGCUGUUGUGUAAGAUAGAGUCAAAGCACAUUGUGAAUAGAACUUAAAUGAAAACAUAAACCUGGUUGCCCACUGACGUGUCACCGCGAAAAUGUACCUUGAUGUUGUCUUGCUCCUGCGAGCUGGCGGGGAGGGCGUGGGGGCCAGCGUAGCUCCGCAUCUGCCCCCGUCAUCCAGCUCCCCGGGCGCCUUCCCUAGCUGCGCGUCGUCGGCACACGGUGGAAGUGGUACCUCAGUCGUGAGAGCGCAGUGUCUGCGGUGCCCCUGGUGGCGAGGCCGACAGUUCCCUCCAGGACGAGGCUCUCGCUGGUUCCCUUCUGGAAGUGCUGCCCUCUGAAGAACACGCAUGCACUAAAGCUAGCAGUUUAUAAUAAAGUUAAAUAUAAAUUAUUUUGUUUUAAAAUGCCUAAAUUUUUUCUUUAAGUAUUCUGAGCAGCAGACAUUAAACUAUUUCCUGCUAAAUGUAACCAUACAGUUGAUUCCACAAAAUGUUAUUUAACAAGACUGAGGGUUUUUUUUAAAAAAUUAUUUCCAUCCAAUAUUUAAAGACUUGAAUUUAAUUUAAACUUGAAAAUGACUUUGCCUUAACUUUUGUAUAAGACAGCUUAGAGUUGGUGGAGACCGGCCCCCGGGUUGGCGCGAGCGGGUCACAGAGCUGCUCAGUGUCGUGGGGCUGCCGCCGCGGUGUCGCCAAGUGAGCGUUCUGUAGCGCAGGACCUGGCAGUGGUGUCUGUAAUAUACCCUGAAGAUCUUCAACAGUUGACCUUUUUCAGAUUGUUGAGAAAUCCUGUAAAUGCAAAUAGUCGAUACUGUAUUAAAUAUGUGCACUUGGGAGUGUGUGCUUUGCUUGUACAGUUGUAAAUAAUCAGAACAUAUUAAAAAGGUACCCUAAAGAGAAAAAUCUGAUAAAAAUUAUUGAUAUAUUAUAAAUGUUGCUAUUGAGCUGGAUGUAGAUAAACUAAAUGUUGUGGUUUGAAUAUUAUUUUAAUUUGUUGAGGUGUUUUUCUUUUUCUCUGAUGCUGGUGUGUUGGACUGGUUCUGCCUCUUUGCUGCUGCAGAAGGGAAAUGGAAAGUCCUAGUAAAGCCUUCUGACGUUUUCAUGCUCUUCUCACAAGUCUGUAAAUAUGUACUAAUCAUAGCUAAUGUGAAAGCGUAAUGUAGGAAGCAGAAACUGGCAGGAGCUUCAGGAGAAAGUGAAAGAUAAUCUACUUAAAAUCAUAAAUAGCUACGCAAGGUUUGCCCUGCCAGAGGAAAACCCACCCUGGUGUGCUUGACCAUCUCCGUCAGAGAAGCUGCCAGUACUCAAAUAUCUAGAACUACACAGUGCUAGUGUUUUACAGAAGCCUGUAAAAGGAGCGUGGGGAUGUAUUUUUUUGUAGUUGAGGGAUUGGUGACUUAUUAAAAUCAGGAAUAAUUGACCUCUUACCCCCGGCUCAUGAGUACUGACUGCGGGAAGAGCUGCGCAGGCGGGCCCCAGGCGUCCUUACUGUGGAUGCCCCGGGGACGCCCUGUGUAGCUGGGACCCCGGUGUUCAGGCACGACAGAUCCUUCACCCUGGCAGCGGGGUGUGUGCUCGAGCUCGCUGCAGCAGGCCGAGGGGCUCCUCUGUGACCGUGCCAACGCAAGCCCGUGCACGCUGCCUCUGCUGGGAUUUUUAUGCCACCCUUUUUAAUUAAGCAAAGAUGAUAUGUCAAAUAGCUAUAUAAUGUCCAAAAAACCACCUUUCUGAGAUCACGGUGAGAUUUUCCCACUCACAAAAGAGAACGGGAGCCAGCACGGAGGAGGCUGGGACGCAGCACGUAGAUGGUGGCUCUGGCUCGAGGCUCUUGUCCGUUCUUAGAAACAUUAACUCUCUCCUUUCCCAGCAGCGUCUCCGGGUGUAGAAUCAGAGAUGCAGCCAUCACAAAUGACAUUUUAACCUGUAAAGUUGUGUGAGGAUGCUUAUAAUUUGGAAAUAGAGGGAUGAGAAUCUGGCCCCAUUUCACCAGACAUGAAUUUCGAGUAGAGUAGUUGGCUUUUCAGAGUUGGUGUCCUGAUGUUGCCGGCCCGGCCCACCUGUCCCCGCAUCACUGAUUGUCACUAGCGGGCAGCAGAAGACGUUUCGCGUUGCUGUGUCAGCCAGGGUCACGCAGUUCACGUUGGAAAGCUGGUUCAGUAGGUCCCGAGGGCGGCCGGUGAGCUGCGGCGGGGGGCUCGUGCGCUUCGCGGCCUGGCACCCGGAGUGCAGCAGACAAUCCGAGUCAGAAGCAGAGCCAGCAGCCGCCAGUCCGCGGAGCGGGAUGGAAUACGGAAGCUUUCUCGAGGGCCUUUGUUUUUGUUCUUCUUUUCAUUGAGACUGGAAUCAAGCUUACGUGUAAACUAUUGAUAAUUUAAGUUUCCUUUUGUGUCAUUCAGUGUAAAACUGUCUAAUUUGAAAAAAAAUGUAGGUUAUGAAAAAUAAAGAUUUAGGCACUGUUCAAUU